CUCGAGUUACCGCGGCUUUCAACGGAGAGGGGAGAGUGGGCGGGGCUUGCGCGCUAGGUCCUCUCCCCUGAGUAACCGUUGGGCCUGUCAUUCAGCUUUUUUGGGGGGACGCGAAUUUUUCCUCCCCACUUUCCCACUUCCUUGCUUUGGGUGCUGGAGUGAUGGCGAGGCCCGGAGCUGCUCGACCCCACAAGGUACUGUCUUCAGGAAGACUGACAGGAUCAAGUAAACUAGCAAGUGGGGGGAAAAGGGUUGCUCUAAGAAAAGUGGUACAUUCAGAUGUUGAUUGUGGGUACUCUCUCUAUUCUACAGAUUCUGAGGAUCAGGUCACAACUAUUCAUCAUGGUCUUGAUCGCUGUGCAGCUUUACUGAAGGACAUUUUGCAAAAUGAAUCCGAAGACGGAAUGGAAACACUCUAUCGGAAGGCAGGGAAGGCACCUGUCGUCAGAGCAGCCUCCAGACCUUUGGCCAAUAAAGGAAGUGGUGCCAGGAAGAGGGUCCCCAAGAAGAAAACUCUUUCUGCAAAUGUGCAUAAAGAAAUAGGGCCAGUGUCAGAUAGGAAGCCAGUUCCUGUGGCUGCAAGUGCUGUAGAAAAGGGCACAGCCUCCGUAGGCACUGAGCAAGCCCUUUUGAUCCGAACAGCUCCUGUACCUGGCACUCAUCAUUCUCCUGUAAUUCAUCAGAAACUGUGUGAGCAUGUGCAAACCCAGAUGGCUCUGCUAAAUGUCCAGCCUCCACAGAAAGCUAAUGAAAAGCCUGAAGCACAGGUUUCUGUCAUGCCUGAAAAUGCAUCGUAUCAACCUAUUACAGCAUUCAACUCCCGUUUACCUACAUCAACACCAGCAUUGUCCCCACAGCAAGCAACCAGUUCUGAAGGCAUUCAGCCUGUUGUCUCCGCAGCCAGCUGUGGCCAGUGUGCAUCACAAAUGGGGCAUGUAUUUUCAUCCGCACCGUGCAUCAUUUCCAAUUCUGCUCCACAAGGGCAGCCGGUUGCUGCUUGCUCUGCUUUGACCCAUAUGAUUCCUUGUGCUCCAAAUGAUCCUACACCAUCUACAGUCCUUCCUCCACCUGUAAGCAGAGAGGCUGCAUCAGCACAAGGAAGCCAUGAGCAGCUAUUUGAAGAGGCAGACCUCAUACGUUGUAUUCAAGCACACCUAGCUGCGUUGCAGGCACAUGAAGAGAAAAACAGGAAGGCAAAUGAAAAGUAUCAGGAGACAGAUGCAUUACAACCCCAGCCCUUGAAUUCCAGAGGAGAGGAAAAUACUGAAAGCUGUAGCGAGGGGAGUCUUGGCGAAGAGGAAAACUUGGAUGGAGUUGAUGUGGCACCCGUAAGAGACACAAGCUGUCAGACUAGUUUUGACAAGGAAAGGUUAAAACCUAAAAAACCAAGUCUACAAAAAACAACUCAGAAAAUUAAAACAGUGAAAUAUCUUUUGGGAGAGCUGAAAGCCCUGCUAAGAGAUCAUGAGGAUUCAGAAAUUUUGAGACUUCUGGUUGAAGCUGAAGACCAUGUAUCACUGAUGCCAGAAGCUGAUGGAAAUAUAAAUGUGCAAGCUGAAAUAGCACUUGCUGUUCAGCCUCUCAGAAGUGAAAAUGCCCAAUUGCGCAGACGAUUAAGAAUAUUGAAUCAGCAACUCAAAGACCAAGAGAGGGCUGAGAAGGAAUACAAUUUUGAUAGCAACUUUGAAUUUGUCUCCCUUCAGGCUUUGAAUAAAGCACUGCAGCAACAGUUGAAUGAAUCCAUGAAAGGCAUUGAGUUGCUGCAGAAGAAAAAUGAAGAAGUCACACAACUCUUAGAAAACCAAAGAGAAGAAAAUAAAAGACUAAACAGGAUAAUCUAUGAAAGAGAGCAAGAGCUGCUUGAAAAGAAACAGCAAUAUGACAUUGAGUCAACCAAGCUCAAAAUGGAAGCAGACGAGGUGUUGACAAACCUGAAGAGUGUCCAAUAUAAAUUAGAAGUUGCUGAGAAAGAAAACCAGAUUUUGGGCAUAACGUUGCGUCAACGAGAUGCAGAAGUGAAUAGACUGUGUGAAUUGACUCGGGCUCUGCAGGGCAGCAUGUCCAGACUUCUUGCAGACCUCACUGUGGACACGGCUAAACCAAAACAGGAAAGGAGCCUCUCAAAGGCUCUCUUGGAGAUUCAUGAGAAACAGCUGCAGAGUGACGCGUACCCUCUAAGUGAUUCCAUAAUGAGCUACCUCAAAAGAUUAGAGACAGGCCUUGCUCCGAUCAUUGCAGAGCCCCUCUUAUCAAAGAGCGAAAGGAAAGCAUCAAAUCCGGGAGGUGACAUCCAGGCCACAGAGCAGCCUCCUCCAAAGAGUCCUGUUGUUGUAGAAGAGAUUGUGGCGCCAAAAACUGUUUUUACCUUUCUCAAGCCUGAUGUGGAAGGAGCCAGCAACGCCAGUACUUUAGUGGAGGGGCUGGAGCCAGAUGAAACGAUUUACAUUCCACUGAGUAGCAGUCCCUCUCGAAAACCAGCCGCAGCAAUGGAAAGGAGGGCUGGAGGACAACAACAACAACAUCCGCUUCCCAGAAAAGUGGACAGAGACGCUGGGCUCGUGGAUGGUAAGCAGGCCAGUCAAUUUGGGGUGAUGGGCGGCGUAAAUGUCUCUGAUAAAUUCUGCGGUAGCUGUGGUCCAAAAAUGACUGUUGAAAGGAAAGCUGAAACUAUGGGAAGGCCAGCAAAGUUGGAAGGCAGGGAGCUCCAAAGGCAGCCAAAAGAAAUAGCAAACGGAGCUGCUAAAGUGAUUUCGGACAAUCCAGACAGGCUUCACCCUGAUAAAUUCCUUCACACUCCCGUUGCACAUCAGAAAGGAAACGUGCAAGGAAAAGGCCCUGGAAUUUCUGCCCCUGAUUCCAGUUUUUCAGCUUUUGACUGGAUGUCAGGAAAAUCUGACUGGACUUUCUCUUCUUUUUCAACAUUCACAUCCAGAGACGAAGAAGACUUUAAAAAUGGCCUAGCAGCCUUGGAUGCUAAUAUAGCUAGACUGCAAAGGACAUUGCAAGAUAGUUUGAAAAAAAACGCAAGUCCUUAAAGGACUUGUAUGUCAAAAUUAACUGGGGAGAACAAGUGUUUUUGGAAAAUCAAUUAUAUAUCUUUUUUCUACUGUAUUUAUAUUAAUUACUGCGUCUUGAAUCAUUGGUGUAAAUUGAGCUUAUUUUCCUACUGAUAAAGAGCUGUUUCAUAAGUGAACAUUAACUUGAAGAGAAAACCAAUCAAGAAUAAAUCUCAAAUAUGCCUGUAA